UCCACGGGUUUCAAACAUGUAAGACAGUAGCGAAACGUUUCGCGUAAAACCAUUAACAGAAGAGCAAAGUGUUGUUUUCUUUAAAUGAAAGUAUCGCCUUUCACGGCGGUUCUAGGUGUCGAUUUGACUCAGAGAACCGACUCAUCAACACAAAGUGAUUCCGUCCAGAACACAGUUUCUGAUUGUAUCAUCUGAAUCCUCAAGAUCUAUGUUUUGAUGAAGGUUAUUCAGAAUCUGAAUCAGAGUCUCGUGGACACAGAGGAAUUUCUUGAUGAUCAGAUCGUGCUCGUGCAUUUGUCUGGCGUUCGCUGGUUUCCAUUGGUAACGGGGACGCGCACAGAUUUUUGUCAUGACUUCAAAGCAGAAGAAAGGUCUCAGAGGCUCUAUUGAUGAUGUAUUAGGAGAUCUUCUGGGAGAUGAUGAUGAUGAUGAGGGCCCGGCGAAGGUCCGAUCUCUAGCUGCCGGACGCAGCAAACCCACAGGUGUCCUCACAUCACGCAGUGGGAAGAGGUCGCUGAUAGAUGAUGAUUUCUUCAGUAAACUGGCAGCAGACGCCGAGAGGACAGAUGAGGGUUCUGAUGUAUCUGAUGCUGAUCCGGCUGCUUUACUGGACAGCAUGAAAAACAUUGAUGAUAUGGACGCUGAUCUGUUUAGCUCUAAGAAGCCGAGCUCAGCUCCAGUUCAGAGGAGAGAGGAAGAACCUUCCAUACGUCCAGACAAGAGCAAAACUUCAGACAAAAUGGUUCCUGAAGAGAAGAAGCCCAGUUCUGCUCCAGCAUCCACAGCGAGAAGUUACAAGAAGUUCAGUUUUCUUGAUAACGCGGACGAUUCUUUAGAUGAUCUGCUGGACGACCUGGAGCCCAAACAGGAGCAGAAAAAGACGAUUAAAACCAAGGCGACCUCGUCUGCACCACCCGCUGUUUCCCACAAAACAGAGACAGUGUCUCCUGCUGCUCGUGCGAAGAAGAGAGACAAUCUGAUGUUUGAUGAUGAUGAAGAUGACCUGAUGGAUGCUCUGGGCUUCGACGAGACACCCAAAACACAAGGAAAUGAACUGAUACAGAAAAAAGAGAGCAGUGACACUCCUCAGAGAGCUCGUACAAGACUGGAUGAGAUUCUCGGAAGAGGAACGUCUCCUCGGCUGCUGGAGAGACCUGUCACCGGAGAGAAGAAAGAGACUCGAGCGUCUGAGAACCAGACAGAGAAACCUCCAGAGAAGUUCUCCGCAGUGAAAGGUUCUGUGAUGGAUGAAGAGGACGUGAUGUUUGGAUCUUACCAGCCCACGAUGGGCUCCACGCCCGAGGGACGUCAGUCUAGAAGACAGUCUGUCAGAUUCUCGACUGAAGACGUGAGCGCUCACUCUCCUGAACACAAAGCCAAACCCUCCAUGCCAACCUCCGCACGAGCAGCCCGUCCCAGAUCAGACUGGCUCGGUCUGAAACAACAAGAGGAGGAGCCAAAGAUAAAGGAGGAGCCCAAACAAACCGCCCCAGAAUCCCUGAAGCCACCAGCAUCUCCUUCAAGAAAACCUUCCAGCCAAGAGACGCCCGCUAUAAAGACAACAGAACCGCCAGUCGUACCGUCCUCUCCUCAAACCACCCGACAACAAGUGAGGAGAGAGGACCACGAGGACGAUGAUUGGCUCUCGGGAGCACUGAGUCGCAAGAAAGCGCAGUUUAUCGACCAACCAGAGGAGAGGGAGAGAAAACAAGAGAGUUCAUUGGUUCUGGGGGAGGAAGUCAAGUCAAACACAUUUAGCAGCUCUCCUUCAACCACACGCAGACGACCAGAUGAACAUCCUUCAUCAAACCAAGAGGCGAGCCUGAUUCCUGCUGACAUCUCCAACACAGCCAGAGAAGAUCAACAGAAACAUGUGUUACAGCAGACGUCACCUGCAGAUGGCGCUGUGCCUCUAAGUCAAAUACCUGCAGAUCAUCUUCAACAUCUGCUCAUGCAACAACAGUUGGCUCAAUCUCAGCUGUGGAGUUUAAGCUCACAUCAGAAACACGGAAGAGACACAGACGAGCCACCUGUAGACAUGAUGACAUCACCGCAGACACGCAUCAUACAGCUGGAGGGACAGCUGAGAAGUUUGCAGCUGGACCGAGAUCAGAAGCACAUGCUGUUAGAGAGCGUUCAAGAGAGACACAAACAAGACACGCUUCUCAUGGAGAACAUGCACAGAGCUCGUGUGAAGCUGUUGGAGGAAUCGGCCGCUCAGCGAGAGCUCCGAUCCCGGCAGGAGAACGAGGACCUGGCGGAGAGACUGGCGGUCGCCUCGCGCAUGGCAGAGCAGGAACGGGCAGAGCUUCAGACUCAGUACCUGCGCAGACUGACACAAUGCCAACAGGACCGAGACCGAGAGGUGGAGAGACUGCGAGACCUGCAGAGGAAGUCCAUUCUUGAGAUGAAGAGAGACCACGAAGAUCAGAUUCAGCGUCUGAAGAAACUGAAGGACGAAGAGAUUGAUGCCGUCACCAGCGCGACGUCACAGACCAGGUCUCUGACGGUGGUCAUCGAGCAGAUGGAGCAGUUCUCCCGCAGGCUGGGCGACGUGUCGUCUCGCGUGGAGAGCACGCAUGAGAACACGGCUCAGGGUUUGGAGCUGGGAGCGAGACAGAGAGACGAGCAGCUCCGGGUCCUGCAGGAUCGCUUGGGUCAGCAGCAGAGAGAGAUGAGCGAGGAGAGGUCACGGCUCAAAGAGGUCAUCGCUAAGAUGGACACACAGCUCGCCGAACAACAGAGACAACUGGAGAAGGAGCGCUGGCGGGUCACAUCAGAACACGCUAAAGCUGAAUCUGCUCUACGAGGACUCGAGGAGGAGAGACGGACCAUGAUGCAUCAGCUCAGCAUGGAGAGAGAGGAGCUGGAGAAGGCAAAGAGCGCUCUGUUAGAGGAACAGCAGUCUGUGAUGCAGCACUGUGCUGAAGAACGCAGGAAGCUGGCGGCGGAGUGGACACGGUUCCACACGCAGGAGAAGAUGAGACAGGAGCGAGUGGAGAAAGAGGCCAGCCGUGCGCUGGAGAGAGAUGCUCAGAGAGAGGGAUCCAUCAUCAAUAUGGCACAGGAGCAGGCCGAGCUGAAGCUUCGAGCUGGAGAGUUGAAACAGAAAGAGGAAUCGCUCCAGAGAGAGAGAGAGAGUCUGGAGAAAACGAGACAGGAGAUGGAGAGAGAGAGAGACAAACUCGGCACGGCCGCACUGCGACUCAAGACACGAGCAGAGGAGGUGGAGAGCUUCAGUAAGCUGGCGUCCGAACGCUUUGAAGGGGGCGAGCAAGCGCUGAGAGAGGCCAGACAGCUGGAGACUCAACACCAGAGCCGACUACACAACAUCCACACACAGAUGGAGAGACUCCGACAGCAGGAGCAGAGCUUACAACAGGAGCGUUUGAGAAUGACGGGUCAGCGCAGAGACGUGGACAGACUGAGACACAGUUUUCCUGUCAAUCCUCCAGCACCUGUAAUCACAGAUUUCUCACCGGCGUUCACCAGCACACACGUGAUGACUGCUGCCGUGAGUCCUGUACCUGCUGAACUACACGCUAAACUUGCCCUCAUCAAACACACGGCUGAGAAGGACAGAGACUUCCUGCAGGAGGAGCAAUACUUCCUGGACACGCUGAAGAAAACCUCAUACAACCUCAACACAUGACCACACAGACACUGGAAAACAUUUUAUAUUCAUUUAUUGACAACUUUGAUACUUUAAUAAAUACAAGCAUUUGA